AUUUCAGCUCUUUUAGAAUUUGUCCAGCAGGUUUCCCGCUCUCGCGGGAAGCCGCCACACCCACCGGUGCAAUGGCAGAGAGGGGCGGGGAGGCGCAGGCGCGGAUGAGGGCAGUGUAGUUGUCCGCCGGCCCGGAGCCGCGGCCGCCCCGCCGCGCCCCAUGGCGGCGUCCGCGCAGCCCGCGGGCCCGGCAGCGCUCAGCGCCGAGCAGGCGAAGGCGGUGCUGGCGGAGGUGAUCAAGGCGUUCGGGGCGCCCGAAAACGCGCAGCGCAUGGAGGAGGCUCGGGACAACGCCUGCAACGACAUGGGCAAGAUGCUGCAGUUCCUGCUGCCUGUGGCCACCCAGAUCCAGCAGGACGUGAUCAAGGCCUACGGCUUCAGCAGCGAUGGCGAAGGGGUCCUGAAGUUCGCCCGCCUGAUCAAGUCCUACGAGUCGCAGGACCCGGAGAUCGCCAGCAUGUCGGGCAAGCUCAAGGCCAUGUUCCUGCCGCCCAUGACGCUGCCGCCGCACGGGGCCGGGACUGGCGGAGUUGCCGCUUCCUGAGCCCGCGGAGCAUUCCCGCUGCUCCGGCUGGUGCCUUCCUUCCCAAGGUGCAGGUCCUGUCAGCCCUGGGAAUGGAGCACUUGAACAAGGGAGAUGCUGACCUGGAGGGAACGGGAUGCUUCGUGCCCUCUCGUGUGUCCGCUCGUGAAUAAAACGUGUGUUGAAAAUG